AUGUCAGACAAGUACAUCCUACGGGUGACGGCCGGCCCGAACUAUGACGCAGACUCACAAACCGAAGUCCAAGUCAACACCCCGAAGCCCAUCAAAAUCAGCACGUCACUCGCCGACAUUGAGCUCAAUGUCCGCAUACAGAAUUACGCCGGCCUCCCCCGCAAAUCACCAACGACCUCAUCCUACUUUUCCACGGAGCCUCACUCCAGCAACAAUGACCAGUACAGCAUCUCCUUCCGCUUCACGCCCAAAAAGCCCGAGGGCUCCUCGGAGCAGGGCAUCUCCGCCGCCGACCUCCAGUUCGGCAAUGACUUUGACCACCCCAUCAGGGACCGUCUGCCGCCGGGCUUCAACACGGCCAUGAACAUCGUCAAAUGGUGGAUCGACCCCGGCCUGGAGGGCGACGCCUACGCGGACACGCCGUACCUCUACGGGCCCGCUCUGAGUUCCUUCAACGUAAUCCAUGCGGGUGCGGGCACCUACGACGAGGAGAAGGGAGGACUCUGGUUUGAGGAGGGAGGCGACGAGGACGGGUUGGAGAUGCGGGAGACGGUCGGUGCGCCCGCAACGUCCAAAGAGCGCAUGAAGUGGGCGCUGAGGAAAGACAGCAAGGAACAGUGGGUGUUUGAGUACGGCAAGACGUACGGCAUGGACUUUUUCAACCCGUACCUGGACUUCUCCAACUUGGCUCUUCGCUUGCCCGGUUUCCAGCUUGCCAUCAUGAAGUACUGGGACGGACAGGGACUGAGGGAAGAAGGGCCGAAGCGCUCACACCAGCUCAGAUAUGUUCUCCGGAACCGUUCCACCGGCGACGUCUACCUCGUGGUCCUCUUCACCAUCCAUUACAAGACCGACGUAAACGAGGACGGGACGCUCAAGGCGGAUGCUGAUGGGCCCAAGGCCGGAGACUUGCCGCCGCCCGACAAGGAGCAACAGGACGCCCAUGACGAAACCAAAGCUCUCGACGAGGCCAAGAAGCAUUUGGGCCCGGUUCCGCAAGAGGCGGAUACGAAUGCUGAUGAUGUGGACUGA